AACAGAGUUUCUAAUUCUCAGCAGUAUGUAUACAUAUUAAAAUUUCAUUUGUCAACUUUUCUGCUAACAGAAGUGAAAGUUUACUGCUCUUGUUCACAGGUGUGGACUGUUUCAUCUGGUUUUUGUUUCGUGACAUUCUCUGAGCACACGAAUGCAGUCACUGCACUACAUUUUAUGGCUGGCAAUCAUUGUCUCUUGAGUGCAUCAUUGGAUGGGACUGUUCGUGCGUGGGAUUUGUUUCGCUAUCGAAACUUUAGAACAUUUGUGACCCCCACACCUAAGCAAUUUGUUUCUCUAGCAUCAGAUCAGAGCGGUGAAGUGAUUUGUGCUGGAACGCUGGAUUCAUUUGAGAUAUUUGUCUGGUCAAUGAAGACUGGGAGACUGUUAGAUGUUCUCAGUGGGCAUGAGGGUCCUGUUCAUGGAUUAAUAUUUUCUCCCACAAAUGCUAUUUUAGCUUCCUCUUCUUGGGAUAAAACUGUUCGCUUGUGGGACCUUUUUGAAGGAAGAGGUGGUGUUGAAAAAUUUGAUCACACGCAUGAUGUCCUUACAGUUGUUUACCGCCCGGAUGGUAAACAGCUGGCUUGUAGUACACUUGAUGGGCAAAUUCAUUUUUGGGAUCCAUUACAGGGCUUGGAGAUGUAUGCAAUUGAAGGCCGUAGAGACAUUGCUGGUGGACGUCUCAUGACUGAUCGCAGAUCAGCUGCUAACUCAACUGCCGGCAAGUGCUUCACAACCUUGUGUUAUUCUGCUGAUGGGAGCUACAUAUUGGCUGGUGGAAAUAGCAAAUACAUUUGUAUGUACGAUGUUGCUGAUCAGGUACUGCUGCGGAGAUUCCAGAUUACCCAUAAUCUCUCACUAGAUGGGGUUCUUGACUUCUUGAACUCAAGGAAUAUGACAGAAGCAGGUCCAUUGGAUUUGAUUGAUGACGAUAGAAGUGAUGGGGAGGAAGGUGUGGAUAAGCAAACACAAAACAAAUUGGCAUAUGAUUUGCCAGGAUCAAAGCCUAACCAUGGAAGGCCAGUUAUUCGAACAAAGUGCCUGAGAAUCGCACCGACUGGCCGGAGUUGGGCAGCUGCGACCACUGAAGGAGUUUUAGUGUAUUCUAUGGACGAGUCUUUUAUGUUUGAUCCCACUGAUCUUGAUAUAGAUGUUACACCGGAGGCAGUUGAUGCAGCUCUAAGAGACUAUCAACCAAAAAGAGCUUUAAUCCUUAGUCUACGCUUGAAUGAAGAUACUCUAAUAAGGAAAUGUAUUAUCACUGUCGCUCCAGCAGAUAUACCAGCUGUAGCUUCAUCAGUCCCUUAUAAAUAUUUGCAGAGAUUAAUAGAGGCACUUGCAGAACUCAUGGAGAAUUGUCCACAUUUGGAGUUUAUUCUACAUUGGUGCCAGGAGCUCUGCAAAGCCCAUGGCCAUUAUAUUCAGCAGAAUUCUAGAAAUCUGCUUCCUGCUCUGAAAUCAUUGCAAAAGGCAGUUACUAGGUUGCAUCAAGAUUUGGCUGAUACCUGUUCGUCAAAUGAGUAUUCGCUUCGAUAUCUAUGCUCUACAAUAAACAAGAAAUAGUGACAUUAUUAUAUCAGUUGACUCUAUGAUGCAGAAGUAACAGCCAUGUACCUGCUUUGGACAAGGUUGGUGAUGCCUACACGAGUUAAAGACAUGCAUCUGCUGCAAAUUGUGUCUUCUCAUAAUUGUCAUUAUUCUUGCUUUGAUGCCUUUAUCAGCUAACGGUGUCAAAUUCAUAAUGCAUCUAUUACUCAAGUUAUAACCCUGUACGCUAUGGGAGAUGGACAGUUCUAAGCAGGGUUGAAGCGAUAAAUUUUGUUUGAAGUAUGCAUUCACCCAGAAUUUGGCAAUAGGUAUAUUUGUUGAAACUUUUUAAUGCUUAUUUACAUCAUUUGCUAAAUUUCUUGUGCCAAGUGAAUUGGCAUCAAUACCUAUGGGCCUUGCUUGGAACGGUGUCUAAAGUUUAACUAGCUACACUGUAAAACAGUAGAAUAGAUUCACCCCCUUUUCACC